AAAUAAAUCGGUUAAAUAUUUAUGAUUCGGAAAGUCUCCGAUUGAGUCUGUUAAAUUGACGUUUCAAAAAUGAUUUCACAUAUUUCACAAUAGCUAUUCGAUACUUAUUUCUUAUCUGCAAAUUUAUGUUCAGAUCUAGAUUGAGUGCUGUCAUAAUUUAUGUCUGUCUUCAUCAAUACGUCAGUACUGAAAUUGUGAUUUGUUUUAAGGACAGGUGUCGAGGUUUGACAAACUUUAAAAGCAGUUUAUGAAAUAAAUCAUAUUGUUUAAUUAAAUAUUUCAAGCUUGGGACGUAACAAAAAAAUAGAAGUGAACAUUUUCAAGUUUACCUAUACGUGAUUCAUUCCAGAGGCAAGGAUGAAGAGGAAAUAUAUGUGCGCUAUGGUGACAAUGUUUGGACUAACUUUGAUGAGUAUUGUAGUACACUACAUUACAUUUGGUGUGUCAAAACGUAAUGAUAUUGGAUUAACAUAUUGCAAUAUCACAUUGCACGACGAACAUGCUUACGUCACUACACGAAGUGCUUCAGACGAAGAAACGUCUACAAGCACGUACGUUAAUUCCGAAAAUGUAACAGAGGAAAAGAGACGCACAAAAUACGGCGAAUCGUGGUACGUGCAUUCAGGAACCCGAAGUGUGAACAUUUUUCCGAAAACAGUAAAUAAAUCAGAGGUGGAUUUUUCUAACUAUUUCUUCGACGCCGAAGUAAAGGAAAUGAAUUUAGUAAUACUAGGUGGGGUAAUGAAAUGUGGAACUGGCACAUUGACAACCUUCUUGCAAGAACACCCAUCCAUCAGAGCAGCAAUUGGACUGCAAGUGUUCUUCACGUAUAAUUUCGGUAUCCAAUGGUAUUUAAAGCGAUUACCGAAAUGUGGAGACAACGAAUGGGCCUUCUCACGAUGCACAGGUUGUUUUACGAAUACUUACUCUUUAAGUUUAAUUAACUACAUUAACGAAUUAUCAGGAAAACGACUGAAACUUAUUUUCAUUAUCCGGAGCCCAAUUGAACGAUUAAUAUCACAUUAUACACAAUUGAGACUCGGUAGCAAAACAGAAUUUUCAUCGUUUGGACAUUGGAUGAAAGAACAACUUAUAGAUAGAACCUAUAGUAGCGCACUUUCCAAAACAAAAUACAUUGAUUUUUUUCCUUUGUGGUAUAAAACAUUUGGAGGAAAGAACAUCCUUGUAUUAGAACAUGAAGAAUUCGUUAAUACGCCAUGGAUUGCAAUGCAAAGGGUCGAACAACAUUUAGGUCUCAAUCCAUUUUUCAAUGAAAGUUCUUUUUUACUUCAAAAUUCAGGUAAAUAUUAUUGCUAUAAAUCAAAGGGUCCACAAAUGAAGGAGUGUACCCAUAAUCCCGAUAACAAGGGCCGUACUCAUUUUAACAUCACCGAAGAUGACCGGUCAUUUCUGAGAGAGUUUGUUCGACCUUACAAUGAGCGAUUAUUCAAAUUCCUAAACAGGCGUUACAACUGGGAAUGA